GUAAUCAAUGCCUCGAAUUAGUUUUUAAUCGACAAACUUCAUCAUCAACUUUGUGCUGUCAACAGAAAAUUAAAAUGCAUAAUUUAUAUGCACAGCGUUUACUUUUUCGGUAACAAUUCAUUUUCAUAAAAUAUAAUUGUGCAAUUAUGUUACCUGGAAAGUUGGACAUGUCUCGCGAUGAAUGCAGAAAGUAUUUACGAAGCUUAGAACUAGAUGCCUACGCGAGCAUGGUUUCCGUUUUAAGAGCUCAAGGUCCUUUUACUCAUGAAAAACGAAAAUUAUUAGAAGAAUUGGCAGGAGUUCUUCAUAUUUCUAAUGAAAGGCAUCGCGCUGAAAUUCGACGAGCUGUUAACGACGAUAGGUUAACUAAUGUAGCGGAACAAUUAACUGGUCCAAAUACUGGAACAGAUUGGGCAACAGAAGGUCGUCGAAUAGUUCCUUUGAUACCUCGUUUAAAAGCUCGGAAUGCAUUUACAACUCUUGCAAAUACUUUAUCGCUUGUCACGGCCAUGGCAAAUAAGAAGCAACCACUUCCUGAAAAAAUAAUUAAAGAUUCGAAUGUGACAAUGGAAACGGAUGUUGAUUCUCCGCAGACAUUUUUAUCGGAAGAGGAAACUUCUGCUUCUUCGUCAAUAGAACCUGAAUUUCAUGAUAAAAAGCGAAAAAGAUCAAUAACUGAGUCAUCAGAUACAGAGGGAAGUACAUGUUCCAAGGAGAAAAUUGCAAAUAAAUCUGAAUCUUUAAUAGUUCCUAAUUUAAAUCUAGAUAAUACGAAAUUUUCUCUGUUAACAAAUCCUUCUUGUAGCAAGAAUAUAGAAUCACCGACUAGUUUACCAUCGUCGGACGCACAUAGGCAUAAUAUCAGUAAUAAAAAUUCACCUAAUGAAAUUAAUGUAGAUAAUUCAACAACUGUAGUUACGUCUCAAAAUAUUACGGUUGUUUCUGUAGGAGUCAGUAGUAAUUUAGCCACUAAUUCAACAGUAUCGAAGGAAACGAAUACUGUUCCAACUGCUCAAACUGUUCAAUAUACUAGUGCCGCUGUUUCUUCUUGUAUUGGAUCAAAAAAUAAAGUUAAUUUAUUACCAUCGCAAGUGAAAACUGCUGUUGUUGGUCCAAGACGAAUUUCCGUUACAAUGCCGCCUAAUAUUGUUCAGCCCACAACAAGUAAAGUUGAACAAGUCAAGUUACAAAAUGUACAAAUAAACAGUGACAAAGAUAUAAAAUUAAUUCCAGUGACGAAUAAUUUAUCUAAAAUAGAAAUGGAAAAAAUUGAUGACGCAAGUACAAGUAAAACGGUAUUAAAAACAAUUACGCAUAUAGUGCCAAGCAAUGUAAAUACAAGUACCGGUGAUCAGCAAACAAUACUUGAUAUCAAUGCCCGGUUAACAAAUGUAACUUCGGGAAAUGCUAAUUCCAGUGGUCCUGGUCCACCAUGUGUUACAGCAUCUCCAACAACUCUUACAUGUAAAACAAUGACACCCGUCAAGCCAAAUAGUCAUCCAACUGCUAAAAUGAUAUUGAAUUCGAAAGCUAUAAGCAUAGAUCCAAAAUCAAAAACGAAUUUCGGGGGAAAAAGAAGUUUAAUUGUUCUUCAAAAAGGAAUGAAAAAAAUUAUGUUGUCUCAUGGUGGAAAGGAAGCAAGAGGCAAAGUGAUAAGUUCAGUAGCCUUGGUUCCUCGCAUACCAUCCAGUAAUGGCGAACAAAGCGAUACGGAUUGCGCAAAAUUAAUCAACAAAGUGAAUAUGUUGCAGCCUGGUAGUAAAAUGGUCGUUUUGGAUAUUCGACAAGAUGUUCUUGAUAAAAAUAGGAUUUUUCCACAACGUUUAGAAACGCCAAAUGUGAUUGAAGUUGAAGCUAAAACAGCAACUUUAAUACCAGCUAAUAAUCUUAUAUUAAACGAUCAAGGCAAUAAUAGAACGACUAUAGUGGAGAAUGAUUCUCAAUUAAAUAAUAGUUCAUUGAUUAAACUUGUCAAUAAUGAUAAUGAAGAGAGUCACAAAAUGUCUCCCAAUAAUGUUUUCGAAGAUACGGAUUUUGCGGCAAUUAUCGAAAAAGCAAGUGACAAAGAACCACUUUUCAUUUAUAAUGAUAAAGAAACCGUUAUCGAUGGAACAUUAGAUCCUCAAACUGGAAUUUAUGAAAUUCAUUCGUCAGAUGACGCUAUCAAAAAUGUUCAAUGUGAGGAAACACUGUCAAGUGAAGAACUUGGUCAAUUUAGUACAACUCUAGAAACAGAAAUUAUUAAUUCCGAAAGUUCACAAUGUACAGAAGGUGACAAUACAAGUAGUAUAUCAGAAGAAGUUAACGAUACAAUAUUAGUCGUGGAAAAAUUAGAUAAACUGAUCAAUUCUUAAUUUUAUAAAAUAUGAUUUUAGUUUCUUUUAGAAAAAUUUCCCAAUAAAUUUUAGAUAGAAAUGUCUCACUAAUUGGAAGUAAAAAAAAGAAAAAUUAAUAUUAAUUAAUUUUAAAACAAAAUUAAUUAUUUUUAUACACGAUCAGUUUAUUAAAAAAAAAAAAAUAGUUUUAAACAUUUUUUGAGAUGACUAUAUAUUUAAUAUUUGUAAGUUUUUUUCGCAAAUAUUUUUUAUAUGUUUUUGGAAACAAUUUAUCAUUUUAAUGACAUUUUUUUACAAUUUGCCUGAUAUUAUGAAAAAAUAGUAACGUGCCAAAAUAUUCAUUUUGGUUUCUUUAUUGAGACACCGGAGUCAAAUAAAAUUUAACGUUUUUAAUGCAUAAUAAUUGAAAUUUUUUUUUGUUGCAAUGGGUUAAUUGAUAUACUUAAUAGUUGUUAUUUAUUCAAUAAAAAAAAGAGACUGAAUAAGCUUUUUUUCUAUAAAAAAAAAAUCUCGAGUUACAUUUUUCAGAUAACUCAAAGGGAUUUGUAUAAAUACUCUGUAAAACACUGAACAUAAAAAGAAAACUUAGUACAAGUUCUGUAAAAAAAAAAAAAUUUUAAUCGAAAUAUUUCCUGUAAAUAAAAUCAUUUUAAAAAAAAUUCAAAUUUAGAGAAAAAGUUUAUCAACAAAAAAUUGUAAAGUCCCUUUUUUAUAAAUUAAAAAUAAUUUUCCCAAUUUUUUGUUUUUUCGUUCUAAAACAGAGUUUAUUGAAUACAAUCUUAAUUUCCUAAUGAAAAAAAAAACUAUCAAAAAAUUUAUGAAAAAUAUUUUGAUAAAAUCAAAAUCGACUAAUAUUUAAAAUUAAUGUAUAGCAUCUGUGUUAUGUUAGAAAAAUCUUUGUCCCACUUUUUUUUUCUUUUUUUUUUUGGAAUUGUACAUUCUUUAAACAUCCAUAUGUUGUAUAUAAAUUUUAAUUAUACAUUGUGAAAAUGUAACAAAUUUUGGAUUUAUUAAUUUAGUGUGAAAAUAAAAA